UUUCCUUCCCAUUCACCCUUCUAAGCUUUCAAUUUCAUCAAACAGUUCCAUCUUAAUUUUUUUGUUUGACCUUUUGGUCUCUAUACUCAGCUAAGCUUCAGAGCACAAAUAUGAAAUCCACUGCAAAAUUCUUUCCUAUUCAUCAUGAGCAUUCAAAGAAGGUAGUGAUCAAUGGUGAACGUCCUUCCCCAUUGAUGGUCAACAAAGACUCUCAUUUGAUCCGCAAGUCUUCCAAAUCCUACAAUACUCAGAGGAAUCCCAUCAUCAUCUAUACCAAAUCUCCAAAGGUUAUCCACACCAAGCCCCAUGAUUUCAUGGCCUUGGUUCAAAGUCUAACCGGCAUGGCGCCACGCUCCAACCAUCAACAAGAAAUCUUUGAGGACUACAGGAAUUCUGGGUCAUUUUUGUCUGAGGAAUCCAACAGUAGCAGUAUCAAGAAGGAGCACGGUUCUUGUGCUGGUGAUGAAACAAGCUCGGUUCUUAAGGGUAGUGAAACUUGUGUGAAGGAAGAGCCUUUUGUUCUUUCUAACUUAUUCUCUUUUGCUGAUAUGCCUCUUUUCACACCAAAUUUCUCAGAUUCAACUCGUUCUGUGUUUAAAUAUUCCGAAUCGCCGUAUGGGAUUUUGGGGAGUUUGCUGUCACCAUCUGGAUUGGAAUUCAUGAAAGAACUUCCUGAAUAUUAAUCACAUCAAUUUGUUUUGUUGCUGUUGUUCAUAUGCACAGGGUCUUCAAUCUUCAUGUAGUUGAUCAAUGUCAGGGCUGAAUACAUGUAGAUUGUUUUUUUUUUUCCUUUUCCUAUUUCUUUUGUAAAUUAAGUUAUAUUAGUGUUAUGGAGAGGAUGAGCUAGAAAUUGGAUAUAUGAUAUCAAGUUAAUGUGAAUUUUGAGGAGAUUUAAUUAA